AUGUUCGGGCGGUCGCGCAGCUGGGGCGGCGGCGGCGGCGGGAAGGCCUCGCGCAACAUCCACUCGCUCGAGCACCUCAAGUAUAUGUAUCAUGUUUUGACCAAAAAUACCACUGUGACUGACCACAACCGCAACCUUUUGGUGGAAACCAUUCGAUCAAUAACCGAGAUCCUGAUAUGGGGAGAUCAAAAUGACAGUUCAGUGUUUGACUUUUUCUUGGAGAAAAACAUGUUUGUGUUCUUUCUGAACAUUCUGCGCCAGAAGUCGGGCCGUUAUGUGUGUGUGCAGCUUCUCCAGACUUUAAAUAUCCUCUUUGAGAACAUCAGUCACGAAACAUCCCUUUACUAUUUACUGUCCAACAACUACGUGAACUCUAUAAUAGUGCACAAAUUUGACUUCUCAGAUGAAGAAAUCAUGGCAUACUAUAUUUCAUUCUUAAAAACACUUUCCCUGAAACUCAAUAAUCACACCGUUCACUUUUUUUACAACGAGCAUACCAAUGAUUUUGCCCUGUACACUGAGGCCAUCAAAUUCUUCAACCACCCAGAAAGCAUGGUCAGGAUCGCAGUGAGAACCAUCACAUUAAACGUCUACAAAGGUAAGCUGGACAACCAGGCGAUGUUGCACUAUAUUCGAGACAAGACAGCCGUCCCUUACUUCUCCAACCUCGUCUGGUUCAUCGGGAGCCACGUGAUAGAGCUGGACAACUGCGUUCAGACAGACGAGGAGCACAGAAAUCGGGGCAAACUGAGUGACCUUGUAGCCGAGCACCUGGAUCACCUCCAUUACCUGAACGACAUCCUAAUUAUCAAUUGUGAAUUCUUAAAUGAAGUCUUGACGGACCACUUGCUCAACAGCCUCUUCCUGCCUCUCUACGUGUACUCCUUAGUCAAUCAGGAUAAGACUGGAGAACGGCCAAGAAUAAGUUUCCAGGUUUCUCUGUAUCUGUUGUCACAAGUUUUCCUAAUCAUCCAUUAUGCCCCCCUGGUGAAUUCGUUGGCCGAAGUCAUUCUGAACGGAGACCUCUCGGUGUUUUUCUCAAAAGUGGAGCAGGAUGUCCAGAAAAGCUCUGUCAAGACAGGCGUCAGGUGCUUCAUUAAACCUUCCGAGACCUUGGAGCGCUCGCUAGAAAUUAAUAAGCAGAAGGGACGAAAGAGGCUGCAGAAGAGGCCCAACUAUAAAAACGUUGGGGAGGAUGAGGAGGAAGAGAGGGGCCCGGAAGACACCCCAGAAGGCACCGAGAGUCCCUCCAAGGGCCUCAGGCCCAGUGGGGAGAGUGAAGAAAUUGAGAUGGUGAUCAUGGAGCGUUGCAAACUCAUUUCUGCCACAGAGCAAAACAUAACCGACGAGGAGAAGAGCGCCGCUGCUUCUGAAAUGUCCAGCUGGAACAGGCCCUUUCUGGAGAUGGUGUAUAAUGCUCUGGAGUGUGCUGAGUUUGACUACUAUGCUCUUUUUGUGUUGUGUCUUCUGUACGCCAUGUCUCACAACAAAGGAAUCAAGCCGAUCACCCUGGAGAGGAUUCAGCUCUCGGCACGGGAUGCCGAGGAGAAGAACUCAUACAACCCUGGGCUUGCGGAGAGGCUCAUCAGGAUCAUGAGCUACGCUGCUCAGCCAGAUGGCAAAAUCCGUCUGGCCACCUUGGAGCUCGGCUGCCUCCUGUUGAAGCAGCUGGUCUUCACCAAACACGGCAGCAUCAUCAAAGACGUGCACCUUGCUUGUUUGGAAGGGGCAAGAGAAGAAAGCGUUCACCUGGUGCGGCGUUUUUACAAGGGAGAAGAAAUUUUUCUGGAUAUGUUUGAAGAUGAAUAUAGAACUAUGACCCUGAAGCCCAUGAAUGUGGAGUACUUGAUGAUGGAUGCUUCCAUUCUGCUGCCACCCACCGGAACUCCCCUCACGGGGAUCGACUUUGUGAAGAGGCUCCCCUGUGGCGACGUGGAAAGAACCAGGAGGGCCAUCCGAGUGUUCUUCAUGCUGCGUUCUCUGUCACUGCACCUUCAGGAUGAGCCAGAGACUCAGUUGCCUCUGACAAGGGAGGAAGACUUAAUUAAGACAGAUGACGUCCUGGAUCUGAACAACAGUGAUUUGAUUGCCUGCACCGUGAUCACCAAGGACAGCGGUCAGGUCCAGAGGUUUCUGGCGGUGGAUAUUUACCAGAUGAGUUUGGUGGAGCCAGAUGUUGGGCGAUUAGGCUGGGGAGUCGUUAAAUUUGCUGGCCUUCUCCAGGACAUGCAGGUGACAGGAGUGGAAGACGACAGCCGGGCCCUGAAUAUCAUCAUACACAAGCCGGCUUCCAGUCCACAUUCGAAACCUUUCCCCAUCCUACAGGCGACCUUCAUUUUUUCGGAUCACAUCCGUUGCGUCAUUGCAAGGCAGCGCCUGGCCAAGGGGAGGAUCCAGGCUCGGCGGAUGAAAAUGCAAAGAAUCGCAGCACUUCUGGACCUGCCCAUCCAGCCAGCCAAUGAAGUGAUGGGCUUUGGACACAGCUCUGCUGCCACCCAACACCUGCCAUUCCGGUUUUAUGAGCAAGCCCGACGCAGCAGCUGCGACCCAACUGUGCAGCGCUCGGUGUUUGCCUCGGUUGAUAAAGUCCCAGGUUUUGCAGUAGCCCAGUGUCUCGACCAGCACCACCCCUCCUCCUCCUCCUCCUCGCCGUCCCCGUCCUCCAGCAGGAGCACCGGGUGCUGCGACUCGGCCGUGGCCAGCUCCACGUCCACACCCUCCGUCGCACAGAGCCCCUCAGGCCGGGCAGGAAAGGACGCCGCAGAGUGCUUAGUCUCUCAGAGGCUGAGAGUCACGGCGGACACUGGGUUUAGGCCGUCCAGCAGCAGUGGCCGCUCUUCCUGCCGUAACCCCGCAGACGACUCGGUCGCGCGUGAGCAGGCUCUGCCCUCCUCCUCGUCCGGUUACCUGUCCGCAGCCGAUCGCUCGUUGCCUCCGGUUUUGAAAUCUGGCAAGAGCCACUCCAGGAGCGAAGCGGAGACGGCCACCGCCUUGUCGCCCAGCCUGAUUCCUGCCCCGCAGCCGACCAUCUCCUUGAUCUCCAAGGACAGCACGGACAGCCUGAGCAUCGAGUCGCUGACCCUGGUGCCCCCCGUGGCUGCAGACAGCAUCCUUGCUGUGGGCACGGCCCAGUCCCUGGCUGCGGAGUCGGAGGCCUUCACAGGUCCCGAGCAGCAGUCCUAGCCGUUGCUCAGGCGGCGGCCGGACCGUUGCGGGAGGCCUCCUGCUGCUCUCCCCAGCGCAGCCGGUCACCGGGUUCUCUGAAACAAUAAACAGUAGCCAGCGUUUCUUUAAGGGAGAAGUCCGUGAGAGGCAGCU